AUGUCUUCCAACGUCAUAACUAUAGAUUCAGACUCAGACUCAGAUGAUGACAUCGAGAUCCUUGAGUUCAGGAAAAUAACUCAAGAUCUAAUAAACAACCCACAGAGUCAAGUCACCAACAACGACAACCACGGUUCCCAGUCAACAUCAACAACCACACCCGACCAUAAAACUGUCAAGAAACUAGCUGAUAUUCAAUGUCCUAUAUGUUUUGAUAAUAUUAAUGUGGCAACUGUGACUUCAUGUGGACAUGUAUUUUGCUUGGAAUGCAUUGAGAUGAGUAUCAGUAGUUCUCAUGCGCGAGGUCAAGGACGUAUGGCUCGUGGGAGAGGAUUAUGCCCCUUGUGCAGAAAAGUUGUUUCUUUCAAAGAUACUAUUGUGUUGAAGUUGAAGAAAUCUGAUCGUAGGUUUGUCGAAGUGAAGUAG